AUGGAAGUUCACAAGUUAGAACCUAAUUUAGUAGCUAAGAUAAAAAGUUCUACCACAAUAAACAGUGUAACGCAGUGCAUAACAGAAUUGGUAAAUGUGGUCCAUUUUUAAACAAAUUUUAUGAAUAUAUUUAUCCAUUUCCAGGUGCUAAAUAGUUUAGAUGCUAGGUCCACGGCUAUUGCUGUAAGAGUAAACUUUGUUACAUUUAGAAUACAAGUGGUAGACAACGGCGAUGGCAUUACCAAAGAAAAUUUAAAUCUUAUAGGGCAAAGAUACAUGACGAGCAAAUGUAAUAAUUUAGAACAAUUAGAGUCACAUUGUGCAUAUUAUGGUUUUCGAGGAGAAGCUCUAGCUAGCAUAAUUAACAUUUCAAAAGUUGUUGAAAUCACUUCCAAACCUAUAAACGGAUCAGAAACUUUGAGUAGGAAGCUUACAAAAACUACUAGAAAUAAUGCAAUUCCUGUUAAAGAACGUCCAAGUUGCGGUACAACAGUUACGAUAGAAGGUUUUUUAUAUAAUCUCGUUCUCAGAAGAAAACGUGUUAAUCCAGAGGUGGAAUUUGCAUACAUAAAAAAAAGUAUAGAGUGUUUUAUAAUAAUGCACCCAAACGUCUCUUUUUCUCUGAGAAACGAUGUCACAGGAGAUUUAAUUCUGAAUAGUCGAAAGUGUACAGACGUUAUCUCUUCGUUUAAGUCUUUACAUCCGGAAUUGACCGAUGACUAUUCUUUGAUCAAAGUAGCAAAAAAUAAUAUAACAAUAAAGGCCUUGUUAUUUAAAGAACUGUGGGAAAAUAAUAGCAUGCAGUAUAUUUACGUAAAUAAGCGACCUGUAAAGUGUUCGAAAAUACAAACAUUUAUUUAUAACCUCUUUCAGAAAAACAAGAAAUCUGCAAAUCAAAUAUUCCAUUCUAAUCAAAACGACAAAAAUAAACACCAUGUUUACGUAGUAAGCAUUAAGUGCCCACAUUCUUUUGUAGAUAUUCUCUUAAGUCCUGCAAAAACGAUUGUUGAAUUUAAAAAUUGGGACAUCAUAUUCAGUUGCAUCGAAAAGUUUAUACUUUCAUUCCUCGGACGUAAUGAAAAAACUGUUAAAGAAAACUACGUAGGUUCCCACAAGGUAAAAAGUGAUUGUGGUAUUUCUCAAAUACACGGGGUGUUUAAGAGUUACGGAGUAAAACGAAAGAUGAAUUGUGACGACACAACAUCCCCACGAAAAAUGCAAAAAAUAAGUACUGGAACUAGAAAAGAAGACGAUGAAACAGCAGUACCGCAGCAUUCUAUAGAUAUAUUUAGCUUCACGACAUUUUACACACCGAAACCGAUAUCAAACAACUUCAAGAUUGACAAACGAUUUGAGUUUAUGCCGAAAGGUUUAUCGCCCAUAUUAAAGGAAAUUAAAGAAGUAGACAAGUCUCUAAGUCAGAACAGAAAAGAUAAACUAGAAAAUUAUAUACUAGAAAGUUAUCAAAAUGAUUUACUCACUAUAAAAUGGCAAAAUUACAUAAAAAAUAAUGAUUCAAAAACAUUUUUUAAUGAAAUGUACAGAGAAAAAUUAAACUCACUGGAGAACUGUAUACCAAGCGUUCUGCAUAAUAAAAAGUAUUGUUCUGAAUUAAGUUGUCCCAUCACCUUUGAUAAAGCUCUCUUUGAUAAUAUAACUGUUAUAGGCCAACUUGAUAAAAAAUUUAUUGUCGUGGUUGAGGAGACGAAACACCUCGUCAUACUUUUUGAUCAACACGCUGUACAUGAAAGAAUUCGAUUGGAAGAUUUAUUGAAAAGCUAUUCAAAUGCAAAAAUUUCCUGCCAUCGGGACAAGUUCAUAGUUUUUCUGUCGUGCAAUGAUUUAUCUCUGCUGAGAAAGCACGAGGAAUAUCUAAAUUUUUUAGGAUUAUUUGUGGAAUUUUUUGAGGAUGGUAUAAACAUAGUAGAUAUUCCUUUGUGCUUACAUAACAAAUUUAAAGACAGCGUAAUGAUACAAUUAUUGAUAAAAGAAAUUAUCGAAUUAGUAAAGGAUACGAGAGGUGUUACGUUUAAAAACCUUCCCAAAAUAAUUCAAAAUAUUUUAAAUUUGGAAGCAUGUAGAGGAGCUAUCAAAUUUGGUGAUAAGCUUUCCAAUAACGAUUGUGAAGAAGUUUUGAAAAAGUUGUCGAUUUGUGAUUUACCUUUUCAGUGUGCACAUGGAAGACCCACUUUAGUACCAUUGAUUACUUUGAAUUUAACAAACCCAACUGUAGGUAGAUCCUCUUGUAUAUUUUUAUGCUUUACUUGAUCUUUUUAGGGACUGAAAACUCUGACUUUUAAAAAUAUCCACAAUAAAACAUCUUUUUGAUUUGUAAGGGAAUGGAAAAAUAAUUUUUCAGAGUCCUAAUCUAGGAAAA